GUCCGAGGCCGAAGUCCGAGCUGCUGUAGAGGCAUCUUUGGAAGCGGCGCGGAACAGCCAGGAAGUAAUGCUUCCUUCCGGCUGGGAGCUGCAGACCACGCCUGAUGGUCGCGAGUUCUACGUCAACCUUCGAUCCAACAUCACGCAAUGGGAGGUGCCCAAGCUGCCACCACACUGGGAAGAGCGCUUCUCGAGGGAGGGCAAGGUCUACUACCUCAGCCUCUUCGAUGGCCGGACUCAGUGGGAAUGGCCCACCGAGAAUGCUGCGGCUUUCCAGCAGCGUUUGGAGGAGCUUCCCGCACCGUCUCCUUCUGGCCGGAUGCUGGCGCUUCCGGGCUCGACGCAGGAGGAGUUUCGCCAUGAGGAGGACGAGUUCAGCCAGUCGUCGGAAGAGUCUUCCUUGGGACUGGCGCUUGAUGAGGUGGAUGCCAACGACCUUCUUGCUGUGCCCCCGGGCGCUGAGAAUGCCGAGAAUCCCCAGGAAGAAGCCGCAGAAGGCUCGGAGCCACAGAA